AUGGCUCUGAGCGAGGACCAGAUCAGGAUCAUCGCGGAAAACCCACUUGAUGAUGCAUUGAAGAACAUUCGCAUUAAGUUACGCCAAUGCGACGACGUGCCAUCAGAGAGCAUUGUUGCGAGUCUCUUGGGCGCGCUCGUCACUUCCUCAGCAGCACUCGACCUUCCUGCACCGGACGGAACUACUGACGUUGCAGAAAAGCUAUUUAUCAUACGGCGGAAUGUCCGGGGAAGUAUACCGAGACUUGAAACUUUCAAGCCUCUUAUUGACGUCGUCGUCACCCACGCUACCGAUGUCGAAAUCUGGGCAGCCGUUAUCGACCUUAUCAACACCCUCCAUCCCCCUACACCACCUCCGUCUAGCGUCGCCCCGACAUUCAAAGGCACACCUGUCAAGACCAGCUCGAGCCGACUUGCCGAUAGCGAAACCCGCGACAUUGUCGAAGGGGAGCUCUUCGAGGAGAUUAAAAAAUGCACCUUUCGCAACGUGAAGGGAUUCUGCGACAAGUUUUUCAACCCCAAGAGCUGGCACAGAGAACGGAAAGCGAUGCUGAGGACGAUGAUGACAGCACACGACGGAAAGACAUGGACAGAAUUUCCCUCCACUCCCGAAGAAAAACCCGUCUGGGACUGGCUUUGCUCACUGGAAGAGCGCUUCUUAGCCGAAGCACCACACAAGCUCCAUACCACCAGAACUGCCAACCAGUUUAAGGAGCGCAAAGGCCAGAUGGAUCUCUUCUGGCAAACGCCAGCCGCGAACGCGGACGACACCUUUGAGUACAAGCACGUCCUAGUGGUUGGAGAGCAAAAGAAGUCAAACGACACGGGCAGGUUCAAGGCGACUCUCCUCCAGCUCGCGCGCUAUGUUCGAGGCGUCUUCGCCGACCAGCCAACACGCCGAUUUGUCCACGCCUUCUCACUCUGCGCUUCCACGAUGGAGCUCUGGGUCUUCGACCGCUCUGGGCCAUACAGCUCAGGCCCAUUUGACAUUCACGACGAGCCAGAUAAGUUUGCGCGCGCUCUUGUUGGGUAUGCCACAAUGGAUGACAAUGCGAUGGGCCUGGAUACCUUUAUUGAGCGAGAAAAUGGGCGUCGUCAUGUCACACUGGACGACGCAAGCGGCAAUGCAAUGAGGGCGAGGUUGGACACGGCGAUGGUCAGGCAGCGGGCCAUCGUGUGUCGGGGCACUACAUGCUAUGAGACCCAAAAUAGCCAGGUCGCGAAGUUCUCGUGGGCAUCGGAUAAGCGGAAACCAGAGGCGGAACAACUGAAGCUAGCAGAAGAAAGAGGCGUCAGGGGGGUGGCCAGAGCGGUCGCCCAUCGCCAGAUCACUACCAUUGCAGAGCUGCGGAGCGGAUUGGAGUUCCCGACGCAUCACAAGUUCCGACAUGAGGCCAUUUACUCUGAAGAUCCGCCAUCGGCCACCGCCAGCACGAACACGACGGAUCACAAGCGCAAAUCAUCCUCCGACAACACGUCCGACAACGCGUCCGGAUCCAAGAGGCGGCGUUCCAACAGUCAGAAGUCGAAGCUGGCCACGGAGUUUAACGACCAGUUGUCGGUCGGCAAGGCUAAGCCGAGCCUGUACAUGCCCGGCGAGGACCUAUGGGAGAACAGAAUUUAUUCCUGCCUCGUCGUCUCACCAGCCGGCCGCGUCAUCAGUGACUUUAAGACGAUCAAGGAACUGCUGGAGUCGAUGCGAGAUGCGAUCAGGGCACACCAGUCUCUCUACAUUACUGGCAACAUUCUUCACCGCGACAUCUCUUCAAAUAACAUUAUUAUUACGGAGCCUGAAAGGGCGGAUGGCUUCAAGGGUAUGCUCAUCGACCUUGACCUAGCGAAAGUGAGAGACAGUGGCCCGAGCGGGGCGCGGCACCAGACCGGUACGAUGCAGUUUAUGGCCAUCGAAGUACUGCGGACGGCCGAUCACACCUACCGUCAUGACCUCGAGUCAUUCUUCUACGUUCUGCUAUGGAUGUGUGCACGCUGUUCAUGGAUCAAUAGGUUUGGCCGCCGCGAUGAAAAGCCGCCUCGGGAGAGCAUACUGCGGAAGUGGGAGGUUGGAGGCUUCAGGGAUAUUGCGCGGACGAAAGCGUAUCACAUGAGCGUUGAUGGACUUGAGGAGGUCACGGAUGAGUUCCCAGAAGCCUUCCAGAUCAUUAAGCCUCUCUGUCUGAGGAUUAGGAAGAUACUCUUCCCCCUGGAUAAGGACGAAAGAAUGAGCGUUGGAACUCCCGCGGGAAGCCCCGAUCAACUUUAUAACGCCAUCCUAGAUGCCUAUGACGAGAUUAUUCAUAAGCUGUCAAAGGAUUAA